GAGAGAGGGAGCGAACAGACUCGCGCAGGCGCAGCAAGUGGAGCGAGGGAGCGAGCAGACUCGCGCAAGCGCAGCAAGUGGAGGGUGAGCAGACUUGCGCAAGCGCAGCAAGGGGAUGGUGAGCAGGCUCGCGUAAGCGCAGCAAGAGAGAGGGAGCAGAAACGCAGGCGGAACAAGUUGAGGGGAAGCAGAUACGCGUAGGCGCAACGAGAGGAGGGACAGACGCGCAGGCGCAACGUGAGGAGGGAGCAGGCACGCGCAGGCGCAACAAGAGGAGGGACAGACACGCACUGGCGCAACAAGAGGAGGGAGCAGACACGCGCAGGCGCAACAAGAGGAGGGAGCAGACACGCGCAGGCGCAACAAGAGGAGGGCUGGGUGAUGGAGAAGAAAGAAGGGGAGGGUGCUGAGAGUCGGUAGAGCACACUCGUGUUGUAAGUGGAGGAGGAGCUCAGUGCAGGUCUAUCGCGAGAAAGCAAGAGUAAUAACAGGAGAGGGAUGGAGAGCAGGAGCAGUAGUUCCUCCGCAGUCAUGGAGAAGCUAGCUGUGUAUUUGUGGAAAGUGGUUAGCUGCCUGGCGUCAUUGGUCCUGCUGCUUGUGGCUUGUCUUUAUGUGUCCGUCGGCACAAUCUUGGUGCACCUCUUCCCCGAGAUGGUGAAGAAGUUCGUGCUGAAAAUGGGGUUGAAAACCACCAUGUCACAAAACCCCAAGUUCAAAUAUGAAGACUGGGGGCCAACGUUCUUCAGCUUUCGCUUUCUCAAAGCCGCAAUGCAAAACGUAAUCAUGAGUUGUGGCGAUGAUGCUUUCAAAGGUUAUCCCGCUCCCAACACACGGGUCAUCGAUUUGGAGAAUAAAGAGCAUAAACUACUUGAUUUCGCGAAAGACAACAGACCACUGAUCUUGAAUUUUGGCAGCUGCUCCUGACCCCCAUUUCUUUUCAAGUUUGCUGAGUUCAAGCAGCUUGUUGAAGAUUUUACAUCUGUAGCUGAUUUCCUUAUUGUCUACAUACCGGAGGCUCAUGCCACAGAUGGCUGGGCUUUCAAAAACAACGUGGAUAUCAAACAGCAUCAGAAUUUAAGUGAGCGAUUGGAUUCAGCAAGGCUAUUGCUAAACGAGAAGGCGCAAUGUCCAGUGGUAGUGGACACUAUGGAUAAUACAACUUGUAUCAAAUAUGCAGCUAUGCCAGAAAGAUUGUAUGUGGUGCUCAAUGGCAAAGUCAUUUACAAGGGUGGAAGGGGGCCUUGGGGAUAUCGAUUUGAAGAAAUACGAUUACUUUUACAAAAUCUAAAUUAAAACUCUGGUGGAACCACACUCAGCAGGAAGCUUUGAGAUGGUUUUCAUUGGCACUCUUAAAUGCAAACAAAUGAUAUAAUACAAGCAAAUCAAAUAAAGGUCUUUCCAUAUUUAUAAUUUUCUUAACUCGCAACACCAGGUUAUAGUCCAACAGGUUUAAUCGGAAGCACUAGCUUUCGGAGUGCCGCUCCUUCAGAUGGUUGUGGAGGACACAAUUGUAAGACAGAAUGUAUAGCAAAAGUUUACAGUGUGAUGUAACUAAAAUUA